AUGAGUCGCGACACUGGGCCCCCUGCCAACGGCCGCCCAGGGGACACCGCUCCCCGGUUCACCCUGGACGAGGUGGAGCUGGAUGCAGAGCCCUCUGGUUUGUCCCCUUCGCAGGAUCGUCGGGGCCUGACGACUGGGACAGGCCCCAGCAGUGACGCUGCCGUGUUUAACCUGGAUCUGGACUACAGCGACGACGACGCCCUGCUGGAUUGGGAGCAGUAUGCGGGGCUGCGCCGCUUUCGCUGCUGCGGCCGCGAGUGGACGCUGCCCUCCUGGGCUCGCCCGCGCCCCCCUGACUGGUGGUGGACCUACACCAAGCGCCAGAGGCGCCUGCUCCUCUCCGGCGCCGCCUGCUGUCUCACCUUCAUCCUGCUGAUCGCUGCGCUGGCCGCCGCCGCCGCCUCGGGCCACUCCAUCCUGCCGGGCCUGAUCGGGCGCGGCGACGCAGAGUACUGCGCCUGGGUGGAGCCACGCCUGCCCCCAGGCAUCGUGCCCCGCCGGUACGCGCUGACGCUGGGCACGAAGAUGGCGGCCCCGUACGUCGUGGAGGGCAGCCUGACCAUAGACCUGAAUGUGACCAAGGCCGCCAGGUGCGUUGUCCUGCACGCCGCCUCCGGCCUGGGCAUCCAGGGCGUCUGGCUGGGCAAUGGCACCGGCGGCGCACAGGGCGAGCUGAGGGACCGCCCGGGGCACCAGCAGCUCGUCCUGCAAUUUCCCUCCACCCUUCAGCCGGGGGAGGGGAACAGCCUGCACUUCCGCUUUGCCUACAACCUGUCCGAGGGCCUCAGCGGGAGCUCGUACACGCUGGGGGCCGAGACGCACAGUCUGGCCACCACGCAGUUUGAGGCGACGUCGGCGCGCUCCGCCUUCCCCUGCUUUGACGAGCCAGCCCUCAAGGCCGUCUUUGUGCUGACCGUUGAGGCCCCAGCAACCUACACCGUGCUGUCCAACAUGCCCGCCAGCGCAGUACACCAUGAGGGAGAGGGGCAUGGCCCGGCAUUGGCCAGCUGGCACUUCCCACCCACGCCCCCCAUGUCCACCUACCUCCUCGCGAUUGUGAUUGGGGAGCUGGCGGGGACCUCUCGCCUCGUCCCGGGUGCGACUGCAGGGGCAGACCCUCGGAACGUGACCGUCUGGGGAACGCCAGACAGGCGUGCCAGCCUGGAGUUUGCGGCAGACAUCGCCUCAAAGGUCCUGCCGGCCUACGAGGCCGCGUUUGGGGUGCCGUACUCCAUGCCCAAGCUGGAUCUGGUGGCCAUCCCCGACUUCUCUGCAGGCGCCAUGGAGAACUGGGGCCUCAUUCUGUACCGGGAAACGGCGCUGCUUACCUCCCCGACCAGCAGCCUGGCCGACCGGCGCUGGGUUGCCAAGGUGGUGGCGCAUGAGAUGGCGCACAUGUGGUUUGGCGACCUGGUGACCAUGGAGUGGUGGGGAGAGCUGUGGCUCAACGAGGGCUUUGCCUCCUACCUGGAGUUCCUGGGCGCUCAGGCCGCCUCCCCGGAGCUGGACAUCUUCCUCAGUUUCUACACCGAUGUGCUCCCCGAUGCACUGGAGGAGGACUCGCUGAACAGCAGCCACCCGCUGUCCAUCCCACAAGGCAUGGGGUGCGGGGGGUUCUCCCGACGAAUGACAGGCGUCAACACUUCGGAGAGGAUAGAGUCGCUGUUCGACUCCAUCGAGUACAACAAGGGCGCCGCUGUGCUGCGCAUGCUGCGCGCCUGGGUCAAUCGCGGGGCGGGCCUGGGCGCCUUGGAGGCCGCCGCCGGCAUCAACCCCGCCCAGGACCCUUUCCUGGCGGGCCUCCAGGCGUACCUGAACCUUGGCGCCUACAAUGCGACCACAGGGUCAGAGCUGUGGAGGGCCCUGGCCGGCCCACUCGGACUCCCAGACCUCCCCAAGAGGAUGCGGGCCUGGACGUACCAGCAGGGCUACCCCUUGGUGCGCGUCUCCCUGGACGAGGGAGGGCGCGUCUGGCUCCAGCAGUCCCGAUUCGGGAUCGCAGGGGUCACGCCCUGCGACUCGACAGCCGCCUUCUGGCUCCCCGUGGCCCUGGCCACAGCCGACACCCCGACUGGCAAACCCACUUGGACCGAGUUCUCCGGCUGCCAGUCGGCGGCGCCCGUGCUGCAGAACGCGGCGUCGGCCGGCACCUGGGUCAAGGCCAACGCCGGGCAGUACGGCUUCUUCCGGGUGCAGUACGACGAAGCCCUGUGGGCCCGGCUGGUGGCGGCCGCCCCGACCCUGCCUCCCACUGACCUGGCGGGGUUGCUGGAGGACAGCUGGGCGCUGGCCGAGGCAGGGGAGCUGGGCAUCGACACCUUUCUGAAUCUCGUCGGCUCGCUGGCCGCUCGCUCGCCGGAGGACUACGAGCCCUGGGCGGCGGCGCUGCCUUACCUGGAGCGCGUGGCGCAGCUGGCCCCCUGCAGCACGCUGUGGCAGAACUACCUGGCCCAGACCCUGUUCAACACCUUCCUGCGCCAGGACGCGGGGGGCCAGGCGAAUACCAGCACUGCCCCCCCGCCCCUGGCCUUCUCCUUCGAUGCCCCGUCGCCGGAGGGGGCGGGGGUCGGUCAGCGACUGCUGCGCCCCGCCAUCCUUGCGGCGGCUGGGCGGUACGGCCACCUGGCCAUCACGGCCCAGGCGCUGGAGCUGGUGCCCAACCUGACGGCCAGCAGCGUCGACCCGGACGCGCGCUCCGCGCUCCUGGCCACGGCGGUCCGCGCCGGGCACCGCGACGUCCUGGUCUGGGCCUGGCUGGGCCGGAAGUGGAGGCCAGUGUCUGAGAAGCUUGGAGGAGGGAACGAGGGGGCACGCCGCAUGGGGUCCCUGCUGGAAAGCGUGGCGUCCCUCUUCUCCAACCAGACCGCGAUCCCGGAGGUGGAGGCCGUCUUCGCUGCCAGCAGGGGCGUCGUCACGGAGGGGAUCUACCUCGAGCGGGCGCGAGAGACCAUCGAGACGAAUGCAGUAUGGGUGACCGCCCACGGAUCCAAGCUCUGUACAUGGGCGGCGCAACAUGCCAAGCUCAAACCAUAG